AUGUACCGACAACAGAGCUCCUCGACUAUUCGACGGGCGCGAUUUGAUGCUGUCAAUUGCGUGAUGUAUAUGAACGGUUAUCCGCAGAAUGACGCGAUUCCACACAAUCGACAUGAUCGUGAAAGCAAAUUGACACGAAGCACAUCGACGAUUGAUAGCAGCGAUUCGGCAAUUCGGAAGCUCAAGCGUGAGAAUCACCACCUCAAAAAGACGCUUUCGAGAAGAUGGUCGUCGCGUAGCAGAAGUUCAAUGGCUUCUCAAAUGGUUAUUUCCGACGACGAGGAAGAUCAGGAGGACGUCGACGACAGCCUUUACCUUUUGAGAGAAACAUCCACUCUUCACGGCCUCCGUGAUGUUCUUCUCUCUUCCUCAAGCCAUUUAAAGUCCGUGUGGGUUAUGAUAGUGGUGAUGGCAAUAUUUCUGACCCUACACGGUUGUUAUCAAAUCCUUCAAGAGUAUUCUCUACGACGAAUUGUGGUUUCCUAUUUCAUUCAGGAAGCAGCCACUCUCCCAUUGCCCGAUGUGGUGAUAUGCCCUUACAAUCGUUUCAACCGCUCAUUUCUUGAAGCCAACAAUGUCUCAUUUGAGCUCGCUCAAUAUCUCGAGCUCUCAUACCCAUCAUUGGAAAUGCCAUUCAAUUUUUUGCGCGACAAACAAAAUGAAAUCAUCGAUCACGUGGAUAUGUAUGACUAUGAGCUCGAGCUUCUCCUUCAGAAGAUGGGAAACGUUUCAUAUGUAAAUUUUUUGCAACAAGCAACAUUGGGUUGCGAGGCGUUCUUUAAAGAGCCGGGAAGAUGCGACAACAUAACGGAGAUCAUGACGUCGGCAGGGAAAUGUUUUCGAUUUCCUGGAUCGCAUCAGGAAGCGAGUGGCUUUGGAAACGGUGAUCGAUUGCUCAUUCAUUUGCCCGAGGAGUUGUAUAAUCCCGGAGUAAAUCAAAUGAUCAAUCACGGAGUUAUUGUGAAACUCGCGGAAUCCGGAAAAGGAAUUGACAAUGAUCUUACAUUCUUGCCAGCAGGUGUGCAUGCAAUCAUGCCUCUUCUGGGAACCCAAUACGAAUUCAUGCAUGAUCCUCCUCGAUAUGAAUGUGAGGAAGACAAAAAUGGGUCUUAUAGCCGAGUAUGGUGCUAUGAAGACUGCCUGACCUAUGAAGCCCAAAUUCGGUGCAAUUGCUCUCCAGCGGCAGCUACUCAUCCAGCUCAUCCCAAUAGUAUCUGUACUGCCAAACAACUUUACCACUGUUUCUUCCUCUCAUUGUUUGAUAAGUAUGAUACAAAAGUUGCUGAGUGUAAGAAAAGAUGCAAACCGCCUUGCCAUGCUUGGUCAUACCACAAGCAAGUCAGUUAUUCUACAAUCCCGAGCAGCACGACACUUUUAAUGAUGGAAAAUGAGCAGGAGUGGAAUGAAUUGAAAUCGAUGAUUGUUCUCGAUGUUUAUUAUUCCCAGCUGGAUUACACUAUCAUUAAGCACGUUAUUGCAAUGCCACUUCAAAGUUUGAUUGCGCAAAUAGGAGGCCAAUUUUCGUUGUGGGCAGGUGGCUCAUUGAUUUCCUUGUGUCAAAUAAUCAUUUAUUUGUCACGCUUUUUCUUCCACAGAUGCAGCAUGAAGAAGCGCCGAACAAAAGCACCAAAACCUGCAAAUUCGCAGCCCUCUUCUCCGGAGAAGUGCAACGGAAAACCGCUCAAUAUGGAAAUUGUCAAGCGCAAUAGUAACAGUAUGGACGGCAUGUCGCGUGUUGGAUCCGUGAGCAUCAACUUGGACGACGUGUUCGGUGCCUUGCCACCCGUCAACGUUACCAACAUUGAACCUGCUGUAACCACUCGCAAAUCAACUGAGUCCAAUGUUUCCACUGUGAAAGACGCAAAGAUCACCUCAUUCGAUGAAACUUAUGUAACCCAAACCGUCACUACAAACUAUCUUCCUGAGACUGCUCCAAGAUACAGCUUUCAUCAAUACGAUGAGCCACCAAAGCAAGAUGAUGGGCUAUUGGAUUCGAUUUUCGGCGCUGUUCAACUACCUGAGGUACAUUUGAACAAGCAUCAUGAGGCAAUUCGCCAGAUUGACGACGUGCUUGCCGCAGAAGAAACCGAUGGUCGGGAAUCGAUCGUCAGUGAGCCAAACUACAGAGCUCCGAGCCACGUGGCUUCUUCGAAAGUCUCUUCGCAUCCAGCAUCUCAUGUGAGCUCAAAUGCUCAGAAGUCCUCAGCAGUUUAUGUCAGCGAGAAUCAUCCGCAAAACACUGGAAGUGUUCAUAGCUCGCAUGUGUAUUCUUCUUAUGCUCCAGAAACUCAUGACUAUGAUGAUGAAAAACAUGAUUUGUUCGAUCACGCCUACAAUUACCAGCAGAGCACUCAUAUGCAACGCCGUAGCUCUCGCGCAAACACCAUCGAUAGCGCCGUUUCGUAUUCGGAAAGUCGUAUUGGACAAUUUGAUGUGGUCCAUGAUGAUAAUAGCUCGGUGAUGAACCUGAAUCAUGAUGAGGUUGCUUAUAACCGUCCUUAUAAUUUUCAGACUCCUCAGAGCACUAUUUCAAAGAAAUCGUACAAGUCAUUCCACACUGGGGACACCGCGAAACUUCGUCGUAUCAAUAUUGAAAUUGCGAAUGCUCAUUCCAAGCGAAGCCAAUUGUCGAAUCAACUUGACCGUCAGAAGAUUGACAUUGAACGCUUGAAGCAACAAAAUUUGGCUCUUGAAGCAACUCUUAAAGUCAACAGAAACGGAAAUGUUAAUAAACCAGUGGCCUACAACUACCGUUCCUACAGCCAGGAUAAUUCUUCUUACCAUACUGCGAAAUCUAUUACGUCGCAUCACUCAACAAAAAGUGUUGAUUCGAGCAUUUACGAGGAGGAGGAAGUACGUGUGAGCCCAUUGGCUGCUCGGCAGAAGGCUGCCGGAGAACACAUUGCCACUCAUGGGAAAUACUCUUUGAUUGUCCCACAAUAUUAUGUUGUUGAUAACUUUUCCGAAAACAGCAAGAUCAAUAAAGUGGUUAUUGGAGGAGACGCGAAGCCAACUGAUGAUGACAAGACAAUUCUUCUCUUCGGUCCCAUCGGAUCUGGUAAAACAUCAAUUAUUGCAAGCAUGAUGAAUUACCUUUAUGAUGUCAAGAAAGAAAAUGACUUCAGAUUUGUUCUUGAUGAGUACGUUAGCCACACCACCGGUCUCACAGCAUACGUUUUCAACAACUCGGUUCUUUCGUAUAACGUCACUGUUGUCGAUACACCCGGAAUUGUUGACAAGAUGGGUGAUAAGACAGUUUCUAAGCUUAUCAAACAAUGGUUUGAGCAAGAGCUCUUGAGAGAGAAGGCUUUCCGCCUUGACGCCAUCUCUAUCGUCCUCAAGCACGACGAGAGCCAACUUGGAUGGCCGUUCAUUUACGAACUUGCCGAUGUUAAAAAAAUGUUUGGUGAUGAUUUGAAGACCAAUGUUAUGCCAAUUAUCACCCACGCCGAAGUCUUGCCCCAACCAAUUGCUAUUAAGAGUCUCACCCAGGCCAAUAUCUCAUUCUUGAAUUAUUACAAGGUUAACAAUGCUGGAUUUUCGACAAACCCAAAAGGAAUCAACAAGUUGAAACAUAACCUUUUCUGGACUCAUGGAAUCAGCUCAUUGGAGUCCCUCUUCCAAGACCUUCAAGAACAAGUACACCCAUUGGUUGCCAUUCUCAGACACAACAAAGGUCAGAAAGUGGAGCCAUCAACGAAAAUUGCGAAUGCCACACUCUAUUAG